GUCCCGGGCUCGGUCGGCCCCCGCGCCCAGGCGGCUGCUCCCUGCUGACUGGGGUGUGGGCGGGGAGCGGCGGAGGGAGGAGGAGGCGCUGCUGGCCGCUGCAGUUGCCUCCGCUGCUGGGCGCCUGGGCAGCUCCCCCGGUUCCCGCGGCCGCCAUGGACGAGCAAGCGGGUCCCGGCGUCUUCUUCAGCAACAACCACCCGGGUGCCGGCGGUGCCAAGGGUCUCGGGCCUCUGGCGGAGGCUGCCGCGGCCGGCGACGGGGCGGCUGCGGCGGGGGCGGCCCGAGCCCAGUACAGUCUCCCGGGGAUCCUGCACUUCCUGCAGCACGAGUGGGCCCGCUUCGAGGUCGAGAGAGCCCAGUGGGAAGUGGAGCGGGCGGAGCUGCAGGCUCAGAUUGCCUUCCUUCAGGGGGAAAGGAAAGGUCAAGAAAAUUUGAAGAAGGAUCUUGUGAGGAGGAUCAAGAUGCUGGAGUAUGCUCUUAAACAGGAAAGAGCUAAAUACCACAAGUUGAAAUAUGGAACAGAAUUGAAUCAGGGAGAUAUGAAGCCUCCAAGCUAUGACUCUGAUGAAGGUAAUGAAACAGAGGUGCAGCCACAGCAAAACAGCCAGUUAAUGUGGAAACAAGGUCGACAACUACUCAGACAGUAUCUACAGGAGGUGGGUUACACAGAUACUAUUCUAGAUGUGAAAUCCAAACGAGUGCGAGCUUUGUUGGGCUUUUCAAGUGAUGUCACUGACAGGGAAGAUGACAAAAAUCAGGACUCAGUUAUAAAUGGCACAGAGGCUGAAGUUAAAGAGACAGCAAUGAUUGGAAAAUCUGAGUUAACAGAUUCUGCCUCCGUGCUGGAUAAUUUUAAAUUCCUUGAAAGUGCAGCUGCAGAUUUCAGUGAUGAAGAUGAAGAUGAUGACAUUGAUGGAAGAGAGAAAAGCAUCAUUGAUACUUCAACGAUUGUUAGGAAAAAAGUAUUGCCUGAUAGCAGUGAAGAUCGAGAUACAAAAGAAGCUCUAAAGGAGUUUGACUUUUUGGUUACAUCAGAAGAAGGAGACAAUGAAUCCAGAAGUGCAGGCGAUGGAACAGACUGGGAAAAGGAAGACCAGUGUCUCAUGCCUGAAGCUUGGAAUGUGGACCAGGGAGUAAUUACCAAACUCAAGGAACAAUACAAAAAGGAGAGAAAGGGGAAAAAGGGGGUGAAGAGGCCCAAUAGGUCAAAACUGCAAGAUAUGCUUGCUAAUUUGAGAGAUGUUGAUGAACUUCCCUCAUUGCAGCCAUCUGUGGGUUCACCUUCCAGACCCAGCAGCUCCAGGCUUCCUGAACAUGAAAUAAAUAGGGCAGAUGAAGUGGAAGCAUUGACGUUUCCUCCUUCUUCUGGGAAGUCAUUCAUCAUGGGAGCAGAUGAAGCCCUUGAAAGUGAACUGGGACUUGGAGAAUUGGCAGGCCUUACAGUGGCCAAUGAAGCAGACUCAUUAACUUAUGAUAUAGCAAACAAUAAAGAUGCAUUGAGGAAGACAUGGAACCCUAAGUUUACAUUAAGAAGUCACUUUGAUGGCAUUAGAGCCCUUGCUUUCCACCCCAUUGAGCCUGUUUUGAUAACAGCAUCAGAGGAUCACACGUUAAAAAUGUGGAAUUUGCAGAAAACAGCCCCAGCCAAAAAGAGCACUUCUCUUGAUGUGGAGCCUAUCUAUACAUUCAGAGCUCAUAAAGGUCCAGUGCUUUGUGUGGUAAUGAGCAGCAAUGGUGAGCAGUGCUAUAGUGGCGGGACUGACGGACUGAUCCAGGGCUGGAACACCACCAACCCCAACAUCGAUCCCUAUGACUCUUACGAUCCUUCUGUUUUAAGAGGCCCUCUCCUAGGCCACACCGAUGCAGUCUGGGGUUUGGCUUACAGCGCAGCACACCAGCGUUUGUUGUCCUGUUCAGCAGAUGGCACUCUCCGUUUAUGGAAUACAACCGAGGCUGCUCCAGCCCUGAGUGUAUUUAAUGAUAAUCAAGAAUUGGGAAUCCCUGCCUCUGUGGAUCUAGUGAGCAGUGACCCGAGCCAUAUGGUAGCAUCAUUCAGCAAAGGAUACACAAGCAUCUUUAACAUGGAAACACAACAACGCAUUCUCACUUUAGAAUCCAACCUAGAUUCAACAGCCAACUCUUCCUGCCAAAUAAAUAGAGUCAUCAGUCAUCCCACUCUUCCCAUCAGCAUCACUGCUCAUGAAGACAGGCAUAUCAAAUUCUACGAUAACAAUACAGGCAAACUGAUCCACUCGAUGGUAGCCCACCUAGAAGCUGUUACAAGUUUAGCAGUUGAUCCAAAUGGCCUGUACUUAAUGUCUGGCAGUCAUGACUGUUCAAUACGUUUAUGGAACCUAGAAAGUAAAACGUGUAUCCAAGAGUUCACAGCUCAUCGGAAAAAGUUUGAAGAAUCAAUCCAUGAUGUAGCUUUCCACCCAUCCAAAUGCUAUAUAGCCAGUGCUGGGGCUGAUGCACUGGCUAAAGUCUUUGUAUGACACAAUGCAUCAUCUUCACCUUCUAGCUCUUUAUAAAUAAUCAACUGCACAAAAGAGAUACAGAAGACCGGGGCAAGAGUCAACCCAUCCAGCCCUUUUGUUCUGCUGAAGGAGCACAGAGAACGUUUGUUAAAGUAUAGUUUUGCAAUUCGUUUUCUAAAACUAAGGUUUGUUCAGGUUGCUGCAAGCUCAGCUGAAUCUGUGAGCCUGAAAACUUUAAAAUUUUUCCCAAAAUAGGAGCUUUUAUUUCUGAGGUUGUUCUAAUUCGCUAGGCAGGCCUGAGCGAAGAACAUAGGUUUAGCUUGCCCCUAUUGAGUAAAUAGGGCACAUUAUAAGGGAUAACUAAAAAGGUUGAUGGCUGGGAAUGAGUAGAGGAAGAAUGGAAAUUUAGACCUAGUUCUCCCCUGAGAAAUCUUGUUAAACAUAUUAGGUAGACAAAACAGUAAUCUUUAUCAUAUAUGCUGUACUAACCCCUAUGUGCAUAAUGACCAGGCAGUGUUAAGAUGCGUUUUUAAUUUAGCUCUCCUUUCAACUGUUCUCAUAAAGCACCUGGCAAAACAUUUUACCUAUUAGAGGGAAAAAAAGAAAUGCAAUAACAUGUUAAAUAUAUUAUUAUUCAGAAAUGCUAAACAAAUAUUUAGUUUUUAAGCAGAUUUCUAUAUUGUAUUACAUUUUUGAAAAUAGAUUUGGUACCAUUCUAAAGUUUAGCUGUCAAAAACACUCACCAUUAUGAAGAAUAGUUGAUAGAGUCUGCUUUUACUAAAGGAUUUAACUUAUUCAGGUUUAAGAUUCUGUUUAUUUUUAAUGGCAAGCAGGUCAUAUCUUUAUAAUAAUUUCUGUUAAUUUUAAAAUUCAUUUCAUUCAUGUGAUGUUUAUAGUACCAGAGUGAUUAUUUCCUAUCAAUGAAAUCUUACUUUCAGUGGUUGAAAAGCUGGAAGUUAUUUGCAAGUACUUAUUUAUCAAAACCCACAUAACCAUGCUUCAGAUGAUCUCUACUCUUUGUCUCUUAUAUUCAAAUUAUCUGACACCUACCAAAAAUAGUUCAUAAUUAUGUUUUAAUAGGCCAAAGGAUAUGGUUAACCUUAGGCAGCUGCUUUUGCAGAAGUACUAAAUAAAGCAAAUGUUUUGUGCCUCAGGAAUUCCCUUAUUAAUAUCUCCAAAGAGAAGAACCUCUUGGAAAUCUGGAUGGAAUAGUUUGGUGUAUAAUAUUGGCUAAAGGGUUCUCUAUUUCUUUCCCUCUCCCUACCCCACCUCCAGUGUCUAACUGGAAUACACAGCAUGUUUUAAUAGGCAGUGAAUCAGUACUGUUUCUGGGGAAAACCAUUCUUGAAGGACCAGGGUUCCCUGAGCGCACCUUACCUAUGACCCACAUAUGGUCAACUCGUGGGAUUUCCAUGACCCCACUGGACCCAGUAUAUACACCUCAUCCCUACAACUGUCUCAACUCUCCUCACACUCCUUCUUAUUUGCCCAAAAUGUCAGAGACCAAUCUGGAAAUUAGAUAUAAGUUACUAAUACCCAAAUUUUCAGCAAAAUGUAUUUUUAAUAGGCUCUCAGCCUUUAAAAAAGUCCAUAUCCAUAAAUAUUUUAACCUUUUAAUAUAAUUCCUACAUUCCUAUGCCCUUGUAUUCCAUUAGCAUAACAAUGUCACUUCUGAUAAUAUGUACAUCUACUCCCUGAAGAAGUAUUAUCACGAUAGUGUCAAUAUUAAUCGACAGUUUUUCUUCAAAAUUUCUGCUUAUCUGCCUCUGGAAUUCUGUAGUAUACAGGCAAGUUUUCUUUAAAGACCUGUGUUAAAUUUGCCUAAUUGAUAUACAGAUAUGCUUUAAUAUUUUGACACAGCUACCUUGUCAUUUCAUCUGUGCUUUGGUUCACAGUGGGCUCAAGGGACUCCUUUGUGUAUUCAAAUGAUUUGACCUGGAUAUGAGCUACCAGUUAAAUGUUUAUAUUCCCAUGCAGGUAUAGAAUUCCACAUUGUGUUUGGUGAAUUCCUCUUUUGAUUGUUCACAAAGUAAAUAAAUGAUGUUGCUGACCUAACAUUUGUAGAAGGAUACUGGAAAAUUCCAGUCAGGUGCUCUUAAUUGGCCUAUUUGUGAUGGAUGACUACAGGCUAUUGUUCUACCAAUUAUUGCUUUAAUUACUUUCCAAGGUCUGCAGUGCCUGUCACUGGAAUUCUCAAAACCAAACCACUCUCUUCACCUGCGUUUUAUGCCGCAUGGUUGAAAUGCAUUUUUCUGUUAGUAAGUAGAAAACAACCAUGAGAUAUGUAGACUAUAGUGCAAAUGAUGGAACUGUUGAAAGUUCCUUAGAAAUCCAGUGCUGUGCUCUUGGAGAUUGUCCCCAGAAACAGAGAUUCUUCUCCACUAGCACUGUUAUGAUCUCAGUGUAGAAAUGAGCCAAAGCUGUCUUCCAACCAGAUAGAAGCAUAUAUAUGUGUCUGAUUUUUCCCUCAGCUUAUCAAAAAUUCAAUGAAAAUUGACAAAAUGAACAAACACCAGAUUUGAACAGUCACUGAAAUGCUGUCAUAGUGCUUCAUUUGUAAAUAUUUUGUAUGAAAUGUAUUGGAAUAAUAUGGAAAUCAGCAGGAGAUGUGGGUCCCUGCCUUAUCUUCACAUGCUAUGGAUACAUCUCUGGGAGCUUGCAGCACCCUUCUCAAAACUCAGCUGUCAUAUGGAGCUCGUUUGCUACUUGAACCAUAGACAGAUAUUUAACAUAAGUGAUAUAAUGACCUUCAGUAUUUUUCUAUUGAACAAGUUUAGCAAUUUUUGCCAUUAAACAGAUAAUUAGUUAUGCAAAGUAUUUAGCUUUUAUAAUCAUUUUAGUUAUGACUAAAAGGGGGGAAAUUGAGCUGCAUCACUGAUAACAAACUUUGUGAGAAAUUUUUUGUUUAUCUGACUUUCAUUCCUUCAGUAUUCUUGCUAUAAAUUUCUUUUGGAGAUAAUGAUGAAGAUUUAUUUGAAAAUGUCUAAAAUGUAUGUAUAUUUUAUAAAUAUAUAUUAUAUAUAUUGUAGGAAUAUAUAUAAUAUAUAUAGACUAUAUAUAUAUAUAUAUAAAACCAUAGGUGCAUUUUACUGUUUUGUAUGUUCAUUUUUGGAGGUAGUGUACACAGCAGGUAAUGAUGAGUAUGAUGAGUGUUGUGCUGUUUGCUUUUGCAGUAUAAUAUAUAGUUCUAAAUGUUUAAAUUACUGUAUAUACUAUAUUCAUUAUAGGCUAGCAUGCUUGUUUUAAAGACUGUCAUUCUAGUUUAUUAAAAUCUGAAUGUAAGAAAACCUGGCUAUUCAAAUGUGAAUUGAAAAGUAUUCCAUUCUCAGUACUGAACUAUUUCCAUUGAACAUUCAGGAUUUUUGACGAAACAGAUAUCAUCAAGAAGGCAAUAGCUAGAGAAAGAGAGGUGCCUUUAAAACAAAAAAUACAAGUGCAGCCUUACAGUGAGGAUGAGGAUUGAGUUUCUUUGUGGGGGAAGGGGUGGGAGAGAGGGAGAGAGAGUGUGUGCGUGUGCGUGUGUGUGUGUGAGUGUUUGCCAAUCUGUGAAGGUCCUGAUUUGUGACCAUCAAUGUCUUUUUAAUGUAUCUGUUCAACUUCUAGGACUUCAGGGGACAUUUCAUGCGCUGUCUUCGUGCUCUUCUGAGCACCAUAAGUACUUUCCAAGAAUUUUGAAUGUGAAUUCCUAGAAAUUUCAGUAGAGAAGAAAAUGGCUAUUCUUUCAUUGUGAGUCAAGUUCAGGUAGUAGGAGAAAUUAUUGAUUCACCAAAAUUAUGGGAUCUCUUUAACGUUGGCUAAGUAAAUGUAAUUUUUAAAGGCUCACUUUUUUAGCACUUCAUAUAUUUCCCCUUUACACAAGAGCAUGUCAUGAUUCUUAUGUGAUGAAGAUUCAACUAGUGAAAAUCAUUUUUAAUGAUUUUUAAACACCUGAACUAGUUAAAAUUCCACCUAAGAAUAGUAUUUAAAUGGCAUCUUUCAUAUCUACCUCUUUGUCAUUGCUGCCAUUUUGACUCAAGCAAAUCUUUAUGACAUCUAAAAUAAUGGAUGCAAUUUAAAAAUCUGUGUUGGUGCUUUUCUCAGGCUUUGUCAUUUAAGUUAUAUUGAACAAAGAUGUCACAAAUCAGAUUGAAAGGCUUAGAAUUACUUUUGAUUUUCUUUUGAAAGAACUGCUUAAAAUUUAUCAUCAAUGUUGAUAGUGAGUUGGAGAUAGUCUCUGGUUAGUAUAUGUCUGUGUGAUGCUUUCAGCCAAGAGCCAAACUGUUAUUGAUUUACAUGGGAAAAGAGCUCUUAAGUAUAAUUUUCUUCAGCUUACUUUAUUCUUUGAAAGCUAUUUCAAGGCUAUUAAGUACGUAAUCAUUAAUUUUAUUUACUCAGAAGUUGCCUCUGUUACUGUGUUGUUUAGUUAUUUAUAUAAUUGCAUUAUUUUGUUUAACACUGGGAUUCAGGUUGUACAAAAGUAGUAGCUGACAGAAAUUGUAUGUAUAUUUUUCUGAAACGUAUCAAUUCCUUCAGUUCAUUUUAGAAGAAGGUCCAGAAAACUAACAUAUCUGUGUUUAAAAAACAAAGGACAGGUCAGGUCCUUGGUAGAUGAUUUGAAUCAUUCUACUUUUGCCACUGAAAGUUUUUUAAUUGGUUAUAUAUCCAUCAUCCAACUGGAUCUCAGUGUCAUUGUAAGGGAUGCCGGGUUCACAGAGUAUUAAACAGAUUGCAUCUUUUUUUUUUAAUCCAAAAAAAAAGUGAAUAUAAAGCCAAACAGAGAUCUCUAUAUCCCACUUAUUUAUUCUAGGAGUAUUCCUGAAGUGGUGCUUAAGGGUGCUUAAGAAUUUUCUGGAUCUUUGCUAGUCAAGCUUUAGAUUUGAUUUAACUGGGACCACAUGCCCAUCAUCCCUUGGAUGCAAAUUAGAAACUUCAUUUUAAUUUAGAUUAACUGUAAUGUCUGCCUGGGUUUUUAACAGGCUGUGAACCAGUGAGUGCCUUGUUAACGUAGAAUGAUUUUUCCCUGGUUGUGUGUUAGCUCCUCUCUGAAAAUGUCUUAGAGAAUGGUAUUUUAGUUGACUUGUAGAGAGCUGCUAAAUUUGGUGUUAUCAGCAAUCAGAAAGCCUUCAGUCUACCACAUACCACCCUCCGUACUUUCUUUUCAUUGUUUGGCUGAAGUUUGCCUCUUGUGAGAAACAAAUACAACCCCCUUCUCCACACAGCUUUUUUCCAAUCCGUAUGCCCUAUACCUAUCCCAACUAUAUGAUCUAAUACCUGUUUUUAGGAGGAACCACUUCUGGUUUUGUAAUCCAGAAGGAUUACAAAUCCUGUAAUCUACUGGUUAUUUUAUGUCUUCUCCACUUCAGUUUACUAGAGCUGACCUCAGGGCAUCAUCAGUUCAGAUUCAUCAAUAACUCCUUUUCUCCACACCCCUUCACCCCUCCAACUGGUGAUCCCUGGGCCAGAUUGUUUGAUCUUCAGGUAUUUUAAAAUUUAGGUGUAAUAUCAAUUAAUGUAAAUUAAUCCAAAUGCUAAUUUUUGUGGUGCAAGAAGUUUCUUCUGUAAAUUCAGGGUAUGGAUAAGCUAAUUAAGAUAUCCUUUUUUGGUGGCUCUGAGUGUGUUAUUUGUUUUUAAAUAAAGUACAAAUAUAGAUAAUGUGCUA